AUUGCGAUUUUCUUUUCUGCCUUUUGCGCGCGAAAUUGUCACGGAGUCUCGUGCGGUUCACUUGUAUAACUUUUCGACACGCGUGGUCCUGGACGUUCUGUACUGAAAGCAACGUUCGACUACCCAACUGGAUUCAGCGACCAUGGCGGAACCAUCUUCCUCUACGUCGGCCGAAAAUACCAACACCGUGGAAUCUCAAGACUCUUCAUCAACAUCCGCACCUGUCGUCCAGCCAUCAUGUGCCCAAUGCAAAAAGACCCCAGACUCGCUCAAGCAAUGUCUCAAGUGCCAUAGCGUAUCGUAUUGCAACAGGGACUGCCAAAAAGCCCACUUCAAGACGCACAAGAAGGAAUGCGCUGCCCUUGCCCAGGAGUACGUGAAGACACAUGAACCGAAAAUGGCGAGCAGGGCACCACCACGGACGGGAGAGGCUAGGAGAGGGAUUGGAAAAUGGGAGUAUGAUACAUGAUUUCUUGGAACUUUUGGCGUAUGUGCAUGAACCUGGGAAAGAAAUACCUAAUCCUCAAUUCUUGGAUGAAGGAUGAUGGGACUUAAAAGCACUUUUCAGCUAAAAUUCUCUUUCUAGCUAAAAAGCUCUUUUUCGUCUGGAAAUGGAGAUCUCAUGCAGUAACAAUGGGAGUUGCGAGAAUCUG